CACGGACUGCUGACAUUCAGGGAUGUGGCCAUAGAAUUCUCUCAGGAGGAGUGGGGAUGCAUGAACCACAUUCAGUGGGAACUGUACAGGGAUGUGAUGUUAGAGAACUAUGGACACCUCCUCUUCUUGGGUCUCAAUGUGUCCAGGCCAGACCUGGUCAUCUUUUUGGAGCAAGAGAAGCAGCUCUGGGAUAUGAGGAGAAAGGAGAAAGCAGCCUUCCAUCCAGGUAGGUGGGAAUGA